AUGUCGUCUGGUAAAGCAUGCAUCUAUGGAACACAGCAAGCUAUUUCGGGGUUGGGAACCUCCACCAAGGGCUUGGGGGGUCAAGACCGCACAGAUCCUACUGCCGAACUAGACCUGCACCGAACAAACAAUUUCCCGUCCUCAUACUUCUUAGACUCCGAUUUCUUCCAGCCGAUAUCGCGAGACAUAUUGACAAUUCAGGACGGCCCAUUUUUCCUCGAACAACAAAAACGCUUUACGGCUGCUGGUACGUUCGAUUCCUUGAUAGAACACUAUGAGUGUACUAUCCACCACUGGCUACCCAUGCUCAGUAUCAAGCGCCUGAAGCAAGAUGCAGAGGCCCUAGCAGACUCAACUCGAGGCGUUGUUGAUGUUCUGGUCUUCUUGGCCCUUGAGGCUCUCAUUAGUCAGAGUGAUGAGCAUACCAUAUUACCGCAUAGUAACCCUUCAUAUUUAAAAGCAAAGCAUGGCAGUUUUACGGCUGAGAGUGGGGGAACCAUCAACAUUCGACUAAUACAGACUCUCACCCUGGUAGCCUUGUACGAGCUUGGCCAUCGUAUCUACCCUGCUGCAUAUUUAACGAUAGGACAAGCUGUGCGGCUGGCAACCAUGGUUCGACUACAUAGCCCAAAGGAUGCAAAACAACUGUUCGUGGAACCCGAGACAUGGACGUUAUGUGAGGAGCAGAGACGUACUUGGUGGGCGAUUGUCAUGCUUGACAGAGUUGUUGUUGCAGGAUCCCCACAACUCUUGAUGGCUGCUCCAGAUCCGAGCACGAAUGAUCUUCUACCUUGCAACGACGAUGACUGGACGAAUGGGCGAAUAGGUUUCAACGAAGCAUUAUUUACGCGUAACUUCCACUCGCCCUCGUCUGUGGGGCAAUUUGCAAGAGUAUGCCAGGCGGUUCAUAUGUUUGGCAAAGUUCUUCGUCACAUAAAAGCCAGAGAAAAAGAUACCGACCCAGUCGAACUUACUGCCGAGGCCUUGCAGUUACACGUUGUCUUGGUAGCGUUGGAUCACGGGAUCAUUAACAACGACUUUGACAUUAUGACGGCGCAUGGAACCUUGCAUUCGGCGUUAUCACUGUGCAGUUUGGCUCGACUUCUCCUGUACAAUGAAUAUGCUUGCAACGAGCCCAGCUUCACCACGGCACGCGAGAGAUUGGCUACUGAGGUUGAGAUGCAACAGAUAUCUUUAGCGAGUAUCCAAGAGAUUGUAUCCAAGACAAUUCCGCAGAUGGCAAGGCAAAUAGUUUCGGCGAGUCAACAGCAAUCCAAGGGGCCUAGACAUUCACCUAUCUUGGCUGGUUGCUUGUAUCACGCAGCGACAGAGUGCGCGUGGUUUGUCAGAGAGAAUAAUGACGCGGAGAUGGUAGCAGGUCUGGGAGCCAUCAUCGAUGCACUUCAAGUUCUAAAGGCCGAGUGGUUUGUCUGCCUAUUUUUCUGUGUGUCCGCAAUGACUUUGCAUUCCCGCUCUGCCCGCUUUGCUUACCCUGAGGUCUACAGCCAGUUCAAGCCCCGCUUCCGCUCUGUCCGCCCCAACGCUGACAUUCCCGCGUGCCCGAGUAUGGGCAGCUCCACUCUCUGGCCGUUGAUCGAGUCACUAGCAAGUCAAGGAGCAGCUGUUCUUGAGCUUGAUGUCACGGAUUCACAAGACAGCAUUGAUCAAAUCAUCGCUAAUGCCAUUGCUAUCUAUGGACGCAUCGAUGUAUUGGUGAACAAUGCUGGUUUCGUAGCUGCUGGCUCUUGGGAGGAUCUUAGUUACAACGAAUUUGUUUCCUCCUUCGAAACCAACGUCUUCGGGCCAAUUAAAGUUACGCGUGCAGUGCUUCCGCAUAUGAGAGCUAGAAAGUCAGGAACUAUGGUCUUUAUCAGUUCUUUGUCUGGCUGGAUCGGGCACCAGUUUACUGGAGCUUAUGCUGGAUCAAAAUUUGCUCUUGAAGGUGUUGUUGAAAGUCUGCAUAACGAGACCAAGUCUCUCGGUCUUCGCACCCUCUUGAUGGAGCCCGGACGCUUUCGAACACCUCUCUUGUCAACAGGCCAUCUUCAGCCAAAGCAGAGUCAAAUUCCCGAUUACGAAUCCGCUUCCGAGACUCACCACAAUCAUCUUCAUGGUGGAGACUUGAAGCAGCCUGGAAACCCAGAAAAGUUUGUCAAGAUUGUACUGGACCUGGUUAGGCAGGAGGGUUGCGCACAGGGCAGAACCAUUCCGUUUCGUCUUCCUGUUGGGAAAGAUGCAGUUGAAGAGAUUGAGGCUAAAGCCAGGGAUGUUUUGGAAACAAUGCAGGAGUGGGACUCUAUUAUAACAGAAACCGACUACUAG